ACUCACCAACUAUAUAUCGUCUAUCUCAUUUAAGAUAAACAUAUUUGUCUAGGUCAGAGCUAUCCUCUCGCGCUCCUUAUUUUGUUGCACUUUUCUUGUUGCAGUUUACACUUGACCGUAAUAUCCGAGUUUUUUGACCAUAUAUAGCAGCUUAAUUCCCAUAUCCCCUUAAUACUAAUUAAGUAGUAGUAUCAACAAGCUAGAGAUAUGGCUGACCUAAUUAGAGGAAGUGCUGCUAUUUGCGAUGAAAGGUGUGGCUGUCCUUCUCCCUGCCCUGGUGGCAUUACUUGCAGGUGUGCGUCGGGGACAGCAGGGGGUGAUGCAAGCAUGGAGCACAAGAGGUGCUCCUGUGGAGAACACUGUGGGUGCAAUCCGUGCACAUGUUCCAAGAGUGAGGGCAUGACUGCCGCUGCUGGCAAGGUUCACUGCAAGUGCGGUCCUGGCUGCACCUGUGUCACGUGUGCUGCUUAAACUAGUUAAUAGUGAUCGCUUUGGCCUAGCUGCUAGUAGUUAGUUUGGAUCCUGUACAAGUGCAUGCAUGCAUGCUUCCAGCUCGUGUUUGUUAGGAGUUUCUUCUUCCUUGCAUAGAUAUAUAUGUAUGGUGUGUGUACAUAUAUAUAGUACUGCCUCAUCCAUCAAUAAAAAUAAAUAAAUAAGCAUGCACUUAAUUCCGGGGAUACCUGCUCCACCUCGCUCUAAAGCUAAAUUAAGAUUAUUUUUACGGUGGCAGUUUUCAA